CGCCCCACAGCUCUGUAUUUAGGAUAAAACUAAGAAGGUGAGACGGAUGCUCUGAUUGUCUUUUCGUGUGACAACAUGGCUUCCAGACCUUCUCUGACUGAAGAUGAUUUCUCCUGUCCUGUCUGCUGUGACAUCUUCAGAGAGCCUUUACUCCUGGCCUGCUCCCACAGCAUCUGUAAGAGCUGCCUGAACACCUUCUGGCACCAGCGAAGAGUUCUAGAGUGUCCUAUCUGCAGGACGGUGUCCUCCACCCCUGUGCCUCCGGUGAACAUCGUGCUGCACAACAUGUGUGAGGCGGUACUGAAGGAGCGCAACCGGCGGAUGUCAGUGGAGAUGGAGGGACUCUGCAGUAUACACCGUGAAGCUCUGACUCUCUUCUGUGUAAAGGAUCAGCGACCUAUUUGCACCAAGUGCAAGAACUCCAGAUUACACAGCAGGCACACUGUCAGCUCCAUACAGGAAGCAUCACAAGACCUCAAGCAAUUACUCCAGACGAAACUGAAGCCCUUACACAAGAAGAUUAGCAUCUAUGAGGACUUUAAACAAUCCUGUCUGAAUACUGGAGAGCACAUUAAGAAGCAGAGCCAAACCACAGAGGAAUUGAUCAGGAGGGAAUUUGAAAAGCUUCACCAGUUUCUCUGGGAUGAAGAGGAGGCCAGGAUAGCUGCACUGAAAGAGGAAGAGGAGCAGAAAAGUCAGAUGGUGAAGAAAAAUAUUGACAAGAUCACAAUUCAAAUGUCGUGCAUCCUGGACACCAUUGAGGCCAUCGAGAAACAGACACAAGGAGAAGAUCUGCCAUUUCUCCUGAACUACAAUGCGUUACUUGAAAGAACUCAAGCUAAACUAGAAAAUCCAGAGAAAUUAUCCGGAGUUCUGAUCAAUGUGGCAAAGCACCUGAGCAACCUGAGCUUCCAAGUGUCCGAGGAGAUGCACAGUUUUGUACAAUACACCCCUGUCGCGCUUGACCCCAACACUGCCCACGCUGGCCUGAUAGUCUCUGAUGAUCUGAACACGGUGGCGUAUAAAGGCGAGCCUCAGCAGCUUCCUGAUAACUCAGAGAGGUUUGAGGGUUAUGUGAGCGUCAUAGGCUCUGAGGGCUUUAAUUCAGGCACACACUCCUGGGAUGUCGAGGUUGGAGACAACACAGCCUGGGCCAUAGGAGUCAUCUCCGAGUCUGUGUGUAAGCACAGAGAAAACCUCUCACGGUUUGGGAUAUGGUAUAUAGGUUUCUGUAAUGGCAAAUAUGGUAAAGGAUAUACACCAGAGCUGCUGACCCCACUUCGGGUUAGCAAAGCAAUCCAGACGAUCAGGGUACAGGUGGACCUUGACAAAGGCAAGGUGAUCUUCACUGACUCUGCCCACAACAUCUGUCUGCACAUCUUCAAACAGUCUUUCAGGGAAAGAGUUUUCCCUUACUUUUACAGCCACUGCAAACGCCAUCCUCUCCGAAUAUUACCAGUAAAGUCCUCAAUGCCCAUUCAGAUACAGAGUUAACCUCAGACAGCACUAAACUCAGGCUGUCUUACACACACACACACACACACAUACACACACACACACACACACAUACACACUAUCUCUCUCUCUCUCUCUCUCUCUCUCAAAUACUCAUUCACACCUAAGGGGAAUUUAUUAGGAGGAGGCAUGCAGGUAGGUGUAUUAGCUAUACUAAACUGCCCCUAGGUGUGUAUGUGAGUGUGGAUGGUGCCCUGUGAUGGACUGGCAGCUGCCCCAGGGUAAAUUCUCCUGCCUAGGACAUAGUGAAUAAAAUAUAAAGGUGCCUUGCCUUUAUAAAAGCACUCACCACAAUUGCUGUGAAACCCCUAAAUCACUUAUUUUGUAACAUAUCACGACUACACACUCAAAUCAAGUCCAGAAGCUUUCUAUUUAAUUGUAUUUUAUUGUGUAUUUAUUCUAGAUUUUUAGUUUGCUAAUGAAGAAUUCCCAUAUCAUUAGCAACUGUUUUUAUUUCUGUAGCUGAGCAUAUGGUCCUACUUCUUUUUGCAAAUUACCCAACUUAAUUACAGCUUCCAAACCAUUUUUAUUUAUAAUCAUUAGACAUUAAUAUAACCUUUAUUGCACAAGUCACAGUCCAAGUGAUAUGAAUCACACCCCUGAUUUAAACUGACCAAGCAGGAGAGUAUUGAGUGCUUCUAUAAGAUGGGAUGUUCAUGUUGCUCUGAAUUAAUUGCACAUAUAAAUAAAGAAUAUUACUGUGUUGUAUUAUGUCUAAGCCUGAAUCUUAUGAUACUGUUUUAAUUUUGAUGAACGGUCUGUUCAGUUAUCAAAUCAGAAACUAAUCAAUUAGGUUUCAGUUAAGUUUCUGUAAUCUUUACCUUAUUUUGCCUUGAUUGUGCCCUCAUUGAUUGUAACUUGGAAAUUGCUUGAUUAC